GGCGGAGCAGCGAUUUAAAGUUCAGUGGAUCACGAGUGGAUGCUGCAGCAGGAGAAGAGCUGACCAGGUGGGCCUGUCCACAGUAAACCUCAGCUACACAUGGCGACCUACAGGUUUGGAACCACCAGCAGUCCAAGCAGGACAGCUACAGAAGGGAGAGCACAGCCUGUAGAGGAAAGCGAUGUAAAAGAUGACGCCGAUCCAAAUCGACUUCUACAAUGUCCUUAUGACAAAAGCCACCAAAUCCGGGCCAGUCGCUUUCCUUACCACAUUAUAAAGUGCAGGAAGAAUCAUCCAGAACUCGCCAGUGAGCUGAAGGCCUGCCCUUUUAAUGCUCGUCACCUGGUCCCCAAGCAUGAGCUGGCACAUCACACAGAGACCUGUGAGAACAGACCAUCUGGGGACAGUCAGGAUGCUGGAAACUCAAAUGAAUGUUGUCAGUGGCAUGUCCCAGUCAGUACCUGGGUAAACCCAAACAUGACUGAAAACUGGGAUGAAGAGGUCGACAAUGAUGCUGCUCCGUUCGUGUGGGGUGUCGACAAGACCUUUACCCAGGAACAAAAGUCGAAGCCCUCCAAAACACCUGCUCCUAGAGCGCCCAACACCCUCCCAUGGGAUGAUAAGCAAUAAUUUGUACUGACUGCAGAUCCAGAUGGAAGCUUAUUGUGAUCUUACUAUGUAUAUGCAUGCAUGGAUAUUUUAUACUAAUGUUUUUAACUUACAUGGAUCUCAUUUUUAGACAUUGGACAUAGCUAUAUGAAAUGUACACACUGACCUCAUUUUGUAAUGUAUUUUAUUAUCUUACAUCCUCCCUGUCAUAAAAACUACAUUAAAACUGUGCACAUAUUUUAAUAAACAUUUUAUCUG